AUGGCAGCAAUUGAGAUGAAAACGAUGAAGUCACGGUGUGGAGACGUCGGCACUACGAUCUCCUCUGUUCGCGAUCCCUCAUGGUGGUUUGCACAUGACAGUUUCGGCAAUGAGCUUGAGUUUCCAUUACCUUGUCCAACACGUUGUUGUCAUACUGUUUAUCAUCCAGUUAUUCGUGUUGAUUAUACACCUCCGAUUGCGGGUAUGUUUGUACCUCCAUACCUGAAGGCUUUUGUGAAAGAGAUGACUACUCUGUCCUCCGAUGACAAGAACAAGAAUUCUUUUCUGGUAGUAGGAGGCAACCUCCCACCCGAGACAAGGAACCAUGAUUUGCUUCAACUUUUCCAGCCUUUUGGUCAUGUCAUCGGUGCCGAUAUUGCUAUUGCUCAACACACUGGCCUUAGUGGCCGUUUUGCCUUUGUUAACUUUGCCACCAAGGAAGCUGCUCAGAGUGCUAUUGAAAGACUCAAUGGGAUCGACUACCACAAUUUCAUCCUUAGAGUUGAAUGGUCCACCCCAACAACAACCUAA